AACUUCUAGAAAUCUUCACAGUCACCAGCACGAGGCCCCCCUGACAAGGAAGCAUUUUCAGGUCACUGGCUAUGGAAUAAAUGGAACAGGAGACUCCAAUGAUUUCUGGCGGAUUGAAGUGGUGGGCAGAAAGGCUGGGAAGCUCAUCAAAGUCCUUCGGAGUCAGGUCCGGCUAACCCAUGUGGUCACAGGGUGUAUAUUGGGCUCUUCUGGAAAGACUCUGCCAAAAUGGGGUUGGGAACAAGUGGAAGUCACCUGCACACCAUACCUGAAGGAGACUCCCAAUUCCCUAUGGAACUUUGAAGAUCAUAUUAACCCUAAGUUGCCCAAUAUCAGCCUGGAUGUUUUGAAGCCGUCUUUUGCAGAAAUUCUGCUAGAAUCUCACAUGGUUAUGAUCCGGGGAAACAGUGGCCUUAAACCAAAGGACAAUGAAGUUACAUCCAAACCUUGGCACUGGCCCAUCAACUACCAGGGUCUGCGUUUUUCUGGUGUCAAUGAGACUGAUUAUCGGGUUUAUUUGUUGGGAAACCCGGUGAUUUGGUGGCUAAAUCUGGUCACUAUUGGGUUAUAUCUUCUGAUAGCAGUUUCCACUGCAGUGACCCUGAAGAGAGGUGUCCAGCUGACAUCUGAACUCAAAGAACUGUCCAGAGUUGUGCUACAUGGUGGAGGGCAGAUCAUUCUGGGCUGGCUCCUUCAUUACCUCCCUUUUUUUAUGAUGGGCCGAGUUCUCUACUUUCACCACUACUUCCCUGCCAUGCUUUUUUCCAGCAUGUUGACAGGAAUCACCUGGGACACACUACUGAAGUUCUGUGCUGGGUUUCUGUCACCCAGCACUACAGCUAGAAAAGUAUAUGGAGGGGGAUUCCUGGCACUGGUUCUGCUCAUCAUGUACAGCUUCUACCUCUUCCAUCCUCUGUCCUAUGGGAUGAUAGGACCCAUGGCCUCUGACCCUAGCAGCCCCAUGGCAGGGCUGCGGUGGAUGGACUCCUGGGAGUUCUAGAGCCAGCAAAGGGAGCCUGGGAACAGCGGAUGACAACCAUGAGAUCUGCUGCA